AUGUCGAGAAGAGCUCCCAUGCUCGCUCUCAGUACUUCGUUCUCCACCCGAUUACCGGAGAAGAUAACAGAAAAUUCGUUUCUGGAUAUUCGCAGCAGACUUGACCCCGCCACCUCCGAUAUCGAUAGAAAAGAGAAGCGGGAGGCAUCCUCAACGGAGAUAGCGACAACGGUACCAAAAAUAAUACCUCGAAGUGGAACGGACGACGAUAGCUCGUAUGCAACCAUUAUACCAGCGAUAGUGACUUUGGAAAACAAAGAAAGAGAUCUCCUUCGUCAGUUAGUACAAGUUCAGGAUUCUUUGAAAGCGACACGUUAUCUGCUGCGGGAGUUGAAAAGUAGUGAGGUUGCGAGAAUAUCGUACGUUUCUCGCAUCCCCGUGGAACUGUUGGCCUCCAUCUUCAAGUAUGGGGUCACGUUUUCGUUGAAAGGCAGGAGGUUCGAGCUUUUGGUCUCUCAUGUAUGCCAUAGAUGGAGGCACCUCGUCAUCAACACGCCAUCCCUUUGGACUGUGCUGCGCAUAUACCCACACUGUUCAUCUAAUUUGGUGACAUUGUACUGCAAACGAUCCCAAAAUCUCCCUUUGGACAUACUUUAUGAAGCUACGGAUUUUAAAGACCCUGGUGAAGAAAGCAAGGCCCUCAGCUCACAAGUCGCAGACUGCAAUCGAACGACACCCCUGAUUAUUGCUUGCAUUCAUCGUUGGAAGAAAUUGCAUAUUUCUACGUUCGAAUACCUCGGGUAUCACGUCUUUUCCAGCUUCGCUGACUUGUAUGCGCCACUCUCGGAAGACUUGUCUCUAUCCUUGGUCGAUGAUGAGUAUGCCUUUAAACCGAUAGAUGGUCCCACUGGACCAAAGCUAUUUCUGUUAGCGGGGGACAUCCCUAGCCUAGCUUCGCUCAAGCUCCACUCUUUAAAGGGAAACCUCUCGGUCAUUCCAACAGAAAGCCAUAUCUUAACUUCAUUAACGCUGUCACACACCACUAACGAGGAACUUGUCAUCAUGAAGUACAAGGACUUUCGUUCCUUACUUUCUGCUUUACCCGGACUUCUCAAUUUAGAGAUAACUGGCUGCCCCGUCUUUCGACCACCUAAAGCAUCCCUUAGCUCCUAUGGGCGACCACUCAGUGAGAACCCUAACUGUAUCCUGAUGCCAAGCUUGCGGUCACUCGUCUUCAGAGAUGCCCCCCCAGGAAUCAUGGUAGAUCCGUUGGUCGACCUUAUUAUAGCCCCAAAUCUAGAACACUUAGGUCUUCUAUUCGAGGAUGGCAAAAAUACUUUGACUUGCUAG